AUGGUCGAGUUACAGCAACUGAUCAAGAAGUUUGAGAAUUCUGCACGUACAGCUGAAAUGCAUGAUCGUAUAAAUACAUUUCCUGAAGGAUAUAAAACAAUUGUUGGUGAACGUGGUUUGAAAUUAUCUGGUGGUGAAAAACAACGAGUAGCCAUAGCUCGAACACUACUUAAAGCACCGGCUAUUGUUUUAUUAGAUGAAGCAACAUCAGCACUUGAUACAUUUACUGAACGACAAAUUCAAUCAGCAUUAAGAACUGUUUGUGAAGGACGUACAACACUAAUUGUUGCUCAUCGUUUAUCAACUAUUUCACAUGCUGAUGUUAUUAUUGUUCUUAAAGAAGGUACCAUUGUUGAACGUGGUUCACAUGAUGAGCUUUUAGAAAAACCUGAUGGCGUAUAUGCAGCUAUGUGGAGAGAACAAUCAACAGCAUAUGCGAAUGCUAAUGAACCAACGACUACUAAUGAUGAUGUAAUAAAUCGAAAAUCAUCUGAUUCAACAGAACCCCAUUAUCAUCAUCAUUCAUAA